AUGAACAGUCAAACUUCACAAGGUCCUCCACUGCCAUCUGGUCCCUUGAGUUCUGCUACACCAAGAGCUAGUGAGAAUGCUCCUAAAAUGCAAUAUAAUUGUGCAGAUUGCGGAACCGAAAAUGAAAUAAAACCAAAAGAACCUUUGCGUUGUAAAGAAUGUGGGCAUCGUAUCAUGUAUAAGCAACGAACUAAAAGAAUGGUCCAGUUUGAAGCUCGUUGA